CACACUCCAAUCCAACCGAUAUGACAUGAGCAAGUACUUAAUUCAAUGCAAGCAUUAUGAGGAAACAAAAAAGAGCAAUCUAGGCGAUAGCAACAGACGGUGAACGCGUGACACGAUAGACGUUAACUUAACCAUACACUAAGGGACAACGGAAUUUGGACCGUCGAAGCCACCCCCGUUACGGCGCGGUUCACACUUAAAGUUCACCACAACCAUAUGAAAUGAAUAAUGAUGAACCUCUCUCUCAUAUCUAAACAUGUGAUGCGAGUAUGGCCAUGGGUUAAUUAAUAAGCAUGUUGGUACUGGGCGUAACUUCCUUGGUACCCGCCAAAUCCGUGCGACCUGGCGCGUUUCGCGUGUUCAGGCGCCGAAGGCUCAAAACCAGCGCCUCCUUCCCACCUUCGCCUGCGCCCUUCGAGAAUCUCUUCCACAGCCUCAUCGCGCAGAAUCCCUCCGUCAAUUCCCUCGAUUUGAUAACUCCCCUUCUCGGCUUCGCUUCCGGCGCCGCAAUCUUCCUCUCGCGCUUCAAAUACGCCUCUGCCGCCUCCGACGUCGGCGAGUGGAUCCUCUUCGCCGCUCCCACGCCCUUCAACCGCUUCGUGCUGCUGCGCUGCCCUUCCAUAUCGCUCGCCGCCGCCGAGAGGCUCGUUUUGGAGGAGCGCCACUACGUGAGCGUCAACCGCGGGAGGAUUCACGUGAAAGGCGGAGAGGGAGAGAGGGAGAGGGACUCGGAGGUGAGGUAUCAGAGAGUCUGCGUGAGUGCGAAGGAUGGAGGCGGGGGUUCGUUGGAUUGGCCUGCGAACUUGGACUUGGAAGAGGAGCGUGGCUUGGACUCCACGCUGUUGCUUGUUCCCGGUACGCCGCAAGGGAGCAUGGACGCUCACGUCAGGUUGUUUGUGGUGGAGGCUCUCAAGAGAGGGUUCUUCCCCGUUGUCAUGAACCCUAGAGGAUGUGCUGCUUCGCCUCUCACUACUCCCCGGUUAUUUACAGCUGCUGACAGCGAUGAUAUCUGCACAGCUAUAACGUAUAUCAACAACUCAAGACCAUGGACAACCUUGAUGGGUGUUGGCUGGGGAUAUGGUGCAAACAUGCUGACAAAAUACCUUGCAGAGGUUGGAGAAAGAACACCAUUGACAGCUGCCACAUGUAUAGACAAUCCUUUUGAUUUAGAUGAAGCUACAAGGUCCUAUCCUUAUCACAUUGUUACUGAUCAGAAACUCACUGGUGGACUGAUAGAUAUUCUACAAACCAAUAAGGCACUAUUCCAAGGCAAAACUAAAGGUUUUGACGUGGAAAAGGCUCUGUUGUCAAAAUCUGUACGUGAUUUUGAAGAAGCGAUAUCUAUGGUAUCUUAUGGGUUUACGGCUAUAGAAGAUUUUUAUUCAAUAUCCAGCACAAGAAAUAUGAUUAGGGAUGUUAAAAUUCCUGUUCUCUUUAUUCAGAGUGAUAAUGGGAUGGUUCCCACAUUCUCCGUUCCACGGAAUCUGAUUGCAGAAAAUCCAUUCACAAGUCUACUCCUAUGUUCAUGUUUGCCAUCUAGUGUUACUGACAUGUCUGCUUUAUCAUGGUGUCAGCUUCUAACAAUUGAGUGGCUCACAGCAGUGGAGCUGGGACUCUUGAAGGGCCGUCAUCCUCUUCUGACAGAUAUAGAUGUUACCAUAAAUCCUUCUAAAGAAUUAGCUGUUGUAGAGGAAGUAAGGUCAGAUAAAGAUGCUAAAGUUGGCAAACUGUUGGAUCUUACUCGGUCAGAUGCAUUUAAUGGAUACUCUAUUGAUCCCAAUAAAUAUUUUCUUGAAGAAAAUAAGAAUAACACUAGCCUCCAAUUUAGGUCCCAAAGAGGUCUACAGCGGAACUUUGAGCAAGAUGGUAUGAGCUUACAGCUAAAAGAUGGUCCAUUACAGCAGACUAGCUCCAGUGAUGCAGAUUUGAUUGAAGAGGGGAAUGUUGUCUCGGUAGUUAGUGAACAUGGUCAAGUUCUACAGACAGCACAAGUGGUAAUAAAUAUGCUUGAUGUUACCAUGCCUGGUACUCUAACAGAAGCGAGGAAGAAAAAGGUAUUAACUGCUGUGGGUCAAGGAGAGACACUCAUGAAAGCUCUGCAAGAUGCUGUUCCAGAAGAUGUCCGUGGGAAGUUAACAGAUGCAGUGAAUGGAAUUUUGCAUGCUAGGGGCUCUGAGUUGAAGGUUCAUAGGAUUCCUAGUAUUUCUCAGGUUUCUGAAUCAUCAAAAAGGCCAAAUAACCAAGAAAAUUUCAGAGUAUCAGAUACUGAAGUUAUGGUUGAAGAUCAGCCUUCUGUGAAUCAGAUGAAAAAUACUACUAGUCCUGUAGAUGGAUCUGAUAAUGGUCCAAGUAGCACUGGUGAGCUUGCUGAAGGAACAGAAACAGAAGUUAUUCCCGAAGAGAGAUCACCAAAUUCUACAAAUUUAACUCAGUCUCAAGAAUCUAAUGAUGAAGUUGGUUCUUCUGGUUUUUUAAGGAAGGAAAAUGACGAGUCUAAUGAUAACAAUGACACAAAGGAAUCAAAAGGAAAAGCUGUUCCUGAUAUUGAUCAUAGCAAGAAUGGAUUGGAACCAGGUUCUAAACCAUACACUCCCAUCCAUUCUGAUGGAGCAGGUGGCUUUGAAUCAGCAGCUACGAGUGAGCAGAAAAACCUAAACAGUGGAAUAACUCAAACAGACUCAAUGGAGGAAAAUAAUAUCCUGAAGAUUGAACAGACAACUCAGGUUUUCUCUAGCGAUCAGAGUACAACAACUUCAACUGAUGCAAAAGAAGAACUCUCUUCUACUUCUAUGUCUUCUGAGCACCAAAAUAUAGAAAGGGAAGGCAACGACAUUGAGAAAAAAGAAAACAAGAAUACACAGCAUAUUUCACACCAAUCUAACACUAAUAAUUCAGAUUCCAAUGCCCCUGCCUUCAGUGUUUCUCAAGCAUUGGAUGCCUUAGCAGGGAUAGAUGAUUCCACCCAAGUGGCUGUUAAUAAUGUCUUUGGUGUGAUAGAAAAUAUGUUAUCUCAGCUUGAGCAGAGAUCAGAGAAUGGAGAUAAAGUCAAGGAUGGACAAGAUGUUGAACACACGAUAGAAGUAAAUCAAAAAGCUAAUAACCAGAGAAAGGAUUAUAAGAAGAAUGGUUCUUGUCAUACAGGGGACCCACCGGCUCAAAGCCUCAGUGAAAUUAAUGGGAAUGGUGUAUUCAAUUCUCAAAGUUGUAACUCUAAUGAUCACCUAGUUCACGAGGAAAGUAAUACAAAUACACAACUGACUGACAAAAGAUUUCUCAUUGAUAAAUGGGAUGGACAGAGACAUGUGAAUAGGAUGUCAGAGUUCAUAGCUACAGAUUCAUAUGGUGGUUCUCCUUACAAUGAAUACCUCAGUAAAUAUCUUGUUUCAAAGAUUCCUACCAAGUCACUUGAUUUAGACACAACAACUGCAUUAUUGCUUGACUAUUUUCCAGAAGAAGGCCAAUGGAAACUCUUUGAACAACCACAAAACGUGGAAAUUGCUUCUUCUAAUACUGAAACAUGUGAGGAGGCUGGGCACAAGAAGGCCCCCUCAUCUGAAAAAUCCUCUAAUACAGAUCAAUAUAUUGAACCACCAUAUGUAAUAUUAGAUACUGAAAAACAACAAAAACCUGUCACAGAGUUCAUUUCAAUAGACACUGAUAACAGAAUGAAUGAUGCCAGUGAUGGCAGGUCAGAUGAAUUGAUCCAAUUUGUAAACAAGAGAGUGCUAAAUUCUUUGAAAAUGGAAGUUGGUCGCAGGCUGAAUGCUGCAGAAAUGAUAGAAAUUAAAUCAAAGCUUUAUGAAGAUCUGGAACAAGUGGCAAAUGCAGUUUCACAGACUGUUGUACAUAGCCAGGUGCAACAACUAUACACUGAAAGUGAGGUUCAAAAUGUUGAGGGUGCUAUAGAAAAGGUAGGUACUCUUGAUGGGGAGCAAAUCAUUAGUGUAAUUUCAUCAUCUGUUCAGCAAACAAUCUGCUUGAGAAAAGUGAUGCCUGUUGGUGUUAUUGUUGGGUCCAUCUUAGCUUCCCUGAGGGAAUAUUUUAAUGUAACUACACUUCAAGAUGACCAGAGAAGAUCUGUGAUCCAUGAUGAUGGGGAAAAAACUAGCAUAAAUAAUUAUGGCGUUGGAGGUGUAACAGAGAUAGAUCAAGUACUUGAAAAGAAAACUAGUUUGGACCAUCCUAUUCAGACAAAUGCAGUACAAAGUGAAUCAAAAGAUACAAGCAAAAAUACUGCUGUGGUUGGCGCAGUUACAGCUGCUCUUGGGGCUUCUGCUUUACUCAUGCAACAGAAGGAUCCCCAACAAGAAAAUGGAACUGCUGAAAGCUUAUCCACACCUUUGAAAAUGAAAGUUCAUCAUCCAAAAGGGCCAGAACAACUUCAGGAGGAGGUCUCAGAGAAGAACCAGAAUAACAUAGUCACAAGCUUUGCUGAGAAAGCCUUGUCAGUUGCUGGUCCAGUUGUGCCUACUAAAGAAGAUGGUGAAGUGGAUCAAGAAAGACUGGUUGCAAUGCUAGCUGAUUUAGGACAAAGGGGUGGCUUGUUGAGGCUAGUUGGAAAGAUUGCUUUGCUAUGGGGUGGUAUACGCGGUGCUUUGAGUUUGACAGACAGGCUUAUCUCAUUCUCACGUAUUGCUGAACGUCCCUUGAUUCAGAGGAUUUUUGGGUUUGUUGGCAUGAUCCUCGUUCUAUGGUCUCCUGUUGCCAUACCAUUGCUUCCUACAAUUGUGCAGAGCUGGUCAACAAAGACUUCUUCCAAAAUAGCUGAGUUUGCUUGCAUUGUUGGCCUGUACACUGCUACAGUGAUACUUGUUAUGUUAUGGGGUAAAAGAAUCCGUGGAUACAAAAAUGCAUUUGAACAGUAUGGGCUGGACUUGACAUCACCACAAAAGCUUUUUGAGUUCUUGAAAGGCUUGGUUGGUGGAGUCAUCUUCAUUUUGUCAAUCCAUGCUGUGAAUACAUUUCUUGGUUGUGCAAGUUUCUCUUGGCCUCAAACUCCAACUUCUUUAGAUGCCAUGACUUGGGUAAAAGUGUAUGGACAGAUGGGUCUGAUGGUUGUUCAAGGAACUAUGAUGGCUAGUGCUAUUGCACUGGUGGAAGAAUUACUUUUUAGGUCAUGGUUGCCCCAGGAAAUUGCAGUUGAUCUUGGAUAUCAUCAUGGAAUUAUCAUUUCAGGGCUGGCAUUUUCUUUCUUGCAGAGGUCUCUGCAAGCAAUACCAGGACUUUGGUUUUUGGCUUUGGCUUUGUCAGGUACCCAACAGAGAAAUGGAGGUAGCCUCUUAGUCCCUAUUGGGCUUCGCACAGGAAUGAUGGCAUCCACUUUUAUGUUGCAGAAGUGUGGUUUUUUAACAUAUCAUAAUAAGGGAAACUUUCCUCUCUGGAUAAUCGGGAGUCAUCCUUUUCAACCAUUGAGUGGUUUAGUUGGUUUGGCAUUUUCUUUGUCAUUGGCAAUACUUCUCUACCCCAGACAGACUUUACCAAGAAAAGAAGCUCAGGAAUAAGUAGAAAACUAGUAGUAAUAUCAUUACAGUUAUGAAUUCGGCGAUGCCUUCUGUACAUGGUACAGGUUUUUCUUGAUCUGUUAAUUGGGGAGUAAAGAAUAAGACAGUGAUCGAAAGGCAUAGAAUGAAAGUUGGAACUUUGGAACAUCGAAUUAAAGGCUUUAGUUCCGAGUAUCUUGUAAAAUAAUCGUCUGGAACCUAGAGGCAGGCCUCAAUUACGUUAUCUGUUUUGUAUUAUAGGAAUAAUUGUACAAGGCGAUUUUGUAACUAGAAAAGCUACAGGUUUGUACAGAAUAUUUUGUGUUUAUUUUUGUACUUCAUUAGCCAAUCAAAGUGUACAGUAGCGUUACUGUGAGUUUUGCUAGUUGUAUCACUAUUUAUCGGAACGCAAUAUAAUGCUGAGGAGCUAGGAUAUAGGACCAGGUGUAGGUAUCAGUUUUGUCUUACUCCUUUUCUUUCUCUUAAAUUUGCCAUUUUCAGAGGCAUAUUUAUAUUGUAACAGUAAAAAUGUCCACAAUUACUUGCGCUUACUCUUAUAUCAAUUAUUUCUUUCAA